CUAAUUUCCGUUGCUGAGCACUUGACUUCCGGUUGGUCGCUGUUUUCUAUCCUUUGAACAUGGAGGCCGUGCCUCGGAUGCCGAUGAUCUGGCUCGACUUGAAGGAAGCUGGGGAGUUUUCCUUUGCCGCUGCCGUCAAACAGUACAUUUUGAAGCAUUAUGGUGAAAAUCCUGACAACUACAGUGAGGAACUGAAGAAACUUGAUCAGCUCAGACAAAGUGCUGUGAAUGUUACGAGAGAUUUUGAAGGAUGCAGUACACUGAGAAAGUACUUUGGCCAGCUUCACUAUCUGCAGAGUCGCAUCCCUAUGGGGUCAGGAGAGGAGGCAGCUGUCCCAGUUACAUGGACUGAGAUCUUUUCUGGCAAGGCAGUAACUGUUGAUGAGAUUUGCUAUGAGCAGGCCUGCAUUCUUUAUAACCUGGGAGCUCUUCACUCAAUGCUUGGAGCUGUGGAUAACAGAGUUACUGAGGAGGGUAUGAAAGUUUCCUGUACACACUUCCAGUGUUCAGCGGGAGCUUUUACCUACUUGCGAGAUCACUUCAGCCACUCUUUCAGUGUAGACAUGAGCCACCAGAUUCUCAACCUGAACAUUAACCUCAUGCUGGGACAAGCUCAGGAGUGUCUGUUGGAAAAAUCUAUGCUGGACAACAGAAAAAGUUUUCUAGUAGCAAGAAUCAGUGCUCAGGUGGUUGAUUAUUAUAAGGAAGCUUGUCGUGCACUGGAAAAUUCAGAGACGGCUUCGCUUAUAGGAAAAUUUCAGAAAGACUGGAAGAAGCUGGUACAGAUGAAGAUUUAUUACUAUGCAGCAGUUGCACAUCUUCAUAUGGGCAAGCAGUCAGAGGAACAACAGAAAUAUGGCGAAAGGCUUGCUUACUUUCAAAGUUCUCUAGACAAGUUGAAUGAAGCAAUCAAGUAUGCAAAGGGGCAGCCAGAGACUGUACAAGAAGCGUUGCGAUUUACUAUGGAUGUAAUCGGAGGAAAGUACACCGCUGCCAAGAAGGAUAAUGACUUUGUCUACCACGAGACUGUUCCUCCUAUUGAUUCUCUCACAUCUGUGAAAGGAGCAUCUCUGGUAAAAGCCCUUCCUGUCAACCCAACUGAUCCAAAUGUGACUGGUCCUGAUAUAUUUGCAAAAUUGGUACCAAUGGAAGCUCAUGAGGCCUCAUCUCUAUACAGAAAAGCAAAAUUAUUGCGAGAAGUUGUCGAUAAAAUAGACACCAAAAAUGAAGUCUUAGAACAGUUCAUGGAUUCUCUGAGGAUUGAUCCAGAUUCGAUUGAUAAUUUAGACAUGUAUAAUCAUAUUCCUCCAGUCCUGAUGGAAAAGUGUGCAGCAUUGAGUGUUCGACCAGAUACUGUGAAAAGUUUGGUCCAAUCUAUGCAAAUUCUGUCUGGACUUUACACUGAUGUGGAAGCAUCGUUAAGAGAAUUGAAGGAGCUUAUAGACCAGGAUGAAUUAAUGGAGAAGAAAUUUCAAGACAUUACUGGUAAAACAACUCAGCCCAGCAAAACAUUGGAACUCAGCAAGGAAUGGUCCAAGUACAUGGAAGUGCAUGAGAAGGCUAGCUUCACGAAUACUGAGCUGCACAAAGCAAUGAAUUUGCAUAUCAGUAAUUUGCGGCUGCUGAAUGGACCCUUGGAAGAUCUCCGUGCUGCUCUUCCAACUCCCACUGUCUCAGAUGAGGAAAAGGCUACACUGCAGAACAUGAAACGUAUUUUGUUGAAGGUUGAAGAAAUGAGAGACCAACGCUCAUCACUUUUACAGCAGCUUAGAGAUGCCAUUCAAAAGGACGAUAUCACUACAACCCUAGUGACAACAGACCAUUCAGAGAUGAAGAAGCUUUUUGAAGAACAACUGAAGAAAUAUGACCAGCUGAGAGUUUAUAUUGAUCAAAACCUUGCAGCCCAGGAAAACAUCUUGAAGGCUUUGACAGAUGCUAAUGUUAAGUAUGCUGCAGUUAGGAAAGCUCUCGCUGAAGCAGAACAGAAAUGGAAUGUUACCAUCCAGAUGCUUGUAGCAUCAUUUGAGGCAUAUGAAGACCUGAUGAAGAAGUCCCAGGAAGGAAAAGAAUUUUAUGCAGAUUUGGAAAACAAAGUAACAAGGCUUCUGGAUAAAGUUAAAGAUAUUUGCAAAUCUCAGGAAGAACAAAGACAACUGACGCUGGAACAGGAAAUGAAAAAGAAGCCACCGCCAAGGCCUACAGCACCAAAACCAUUACAGAAAUCUUCUGAUGCAGAACUUGAAUCCUUGUCAAGUAUUGAAGAUUUAGAUAUACAAACACUUAAUGCAGCACUUGCUUUCAAUGAUCUACCCAAUGAAUUGAAAAGCUUACCACCAAACACUUUGGCUGCACAUAUAAGUGGAAUGUCUGUAGAUGGCAUAGGACCAUAUCCUAUGGACCCUGCUGGUUUCCCAAGGAUAAGGCAUUCUGGUCCAGAGGUUUUCUUUGGCGCUAGGACUACUAGUCCACCACUACCACCACCAUUACAAAAUCAACGGUUUCCAACGGCUACGUCAGUAUCUGGCCACAUGCUUCCAUAUUUUCAUGGGGGAGCAGUUCCACAGCCGCCAAGUUCAGUUGGUGGUGUAGCCCAACCACCUUAUAUAGGAAUUAGCCAUUCGGGGCCUCCUUCAGUCAGUGGAGCACCUGGUUUACCUACUCACGGCAUGGGUCCAUCCGUCUCCUGUCCUGUCCUCCCUCAACACAUCUCUGCCUCUUCACCACCACCAGCCUUUCCUACUGUUCCCAGGGUUAGAGAUCCCAGUCCUGGUCAGCCCCAGUUUACAUCUGGCCAUCUGCCUCCAAGAGGGACUUCACCGCAACACAUGCCAAAUUCCAUAUCUGUUCCAUCUUCAGUUGGUCAUCCUUAUAGUACCGCUGGUCCUUAUGGAAUGGGGCAACAGGUUUCAUCAACUGUACCUGUACCAGUUAACACUGGUUUGCACACAUCUGCCCCACCUGUUGAGCCUACGCUUGCUUAUCCUGGACAGUUCUGUGGUCAGAUGCCUGGAGCUAAUGCAGUCCCACAGUCAAACGUGGGAAUUAGACCUUCAACCACAACGGUAGAUAGCAUACAAACUCCGAUUUCUAGCUUCACACCAGAUCCUCAAUUAGUGACUGGGCAGAUGAACAGGCAGCCAAUCUACGAAACAACAAUGAGACAACUCCCUGCUGUUUCAGCUAGAGUUCCUCCUGUACCUGGAAUAAGUGCCGUUGGCCAGUAUCCAUAUCAGUCUGGUGGUCCAACAUCCCAGACCCAUUUCACUAAUGUGCCGCCAUUUGUUGGUCCUGCCCAGGGACCACAGCGCAUGUUCCAUCAUCCACCACAGAUCCAUCCAGACCAUGAACUGCAGCUUAGGCCUCAAAUGCAAACUCAACAACCUUACCAAACACAAUUCUUUCCCCAGACAAGGCCACAGUUUCAGCCUCAAGUAAGACCUCUCAAUCCAGCACAGGUCCCAUCCCAUUCUCCAGUACCAUUGCCGAUUCAGGCUCAGCCUCAGAUGCAACCACAGUUAAGACCGAACCUAUAUCAGCAUCCUCCACAAGAUAAAAUUGCUCAGUCUGGUGUUCCACCUCAUCCAGGCAAUGCUGUUUUUCCAGCAAAUCCAGGUAGUGUGCAGCAACCAAGACAGACUAUUCCUGCUGCAAUGGUUCCACAAGUUCAACCAUGCCAUGCACUACCAUCUGCCACAGAGACACAGUCAAUGACAUUGCUACCUGGAUCUUCAGCUCAAGGGGUUGCAGCUGUGCCAUUCGCACCUGUCCCACCUCAUCUUCAUUCUGGACUGCAACCAGCACUUCUACCAAAUCAUAUUGGAGCACCACAGCCUGUUUCGACUGGCCAACUUUCUUCGCACCCAGUCCAACCCGUGUCUAGCACAGCUGUUGGCCAAGUACAAUCCAGUGCAUUUGGGCCUGGAUCUCCAUUGCCACCUCCAGCAACCCCUUCCCCGAAGCCUGCACAAGGACAGGUCAGUACUCUGCCUGCAGCAAUGCUGCCCACUGCAAUGCCUGGGUCUACUGUCAUGCAACAGAGACCACCGCAAUCUCUUACACCUGGUGCACCUGCAGCAACCCAACCUGUCUCUGAAGUACCUUUUCAGAGACAAAACUCUUCAACUGAUGACCUCCUAUCAUCCAGUCCUGACAGCCAGCAUGGAGGGCCUCAGACAACUGUGACUCAGCCUCUUCUUCUGCCAACCAAAGCUGAUGCAAAGGAAGGGCAAAAGCCAAAAGGAAUACAAAUCAUAGAGAAAGAUCCAUAUGAGAAGCCAGAGCAUGUGAAAAUGUUGCUGAGUGAGUUGGAAAACUUUAAAGUCAUUGUUGAUUCGAUGGAUAGGCCGUCAUUUGGAACCUUAACUGAAUUGGAUUGUAAAUGGAAAGAUUUGCAGGACGCUCAAGAGAAAGAUGCCCGACAGUUAUCUAUUGCCAUUGCCCGCUGCUACACCAUGAAAAACCGUCAUCAGGAUAUCAUGCCUUAUGACAAAAAUAGGAUUAUAAUCCAGUCUGGAAAAGAUGACUAUAUAAAUGCAAGCAUGAUUGAGGACUUGUCCUCUUACUGUCCGAGAAUCAUAGCUACCCAGGCUCCGCUGGUGGGAACUGCAUCAGAUUUUUGGCUAAUGAUCUAUGAGCAGAAAGUGUCUCUGGUAGUUAUGCUCGUCUCUGAACAAGAAGUAGAGAAGCAAAAGGUAAUCCGUUACUUCCCAACAGAACGAGGCCAACAGAUAGUACAUGGGCCCAUUACUUUGACAUUGACAACACAGAAAAUAACACAAACUCACGUGGAACGGAUGAUUGGACUGCAGUACAAAGACCAGAGUUUGAAACGAACGAUCAUUCACCUGCAGUUUACAUCGUGGCCUGAGCUCGGUUUGCCUGACAGUAAAAGUCACUUGCUGCGUUUUAUUCAAGAAGUGCAUGGACAUUAUCUGCACCAGCGUCCACUACAUACACCUGUCGUUGUCCACUGCAGUUCGGGAGUCAGAAGAACUGGUGCUUUCUGUCUUGUCUACGCAGCUAUACAGGAGGUAGAGGCUGGUAAUGGAAUCCCUGACUUGUCUCGGAUUGUGAGGAAAAUGAGGCAGCAGAGGAAACACAUGCUACAAGAAAAGCUCCACCUGAAAUUCUGCUAUGAAGCCAUCCUCAAGCAUGUGGAGCAAGUUCUACUGAGGCAUGGAGUUACCACUAACUUUUCCACCAAAGCACCUAGCAGUUCAUCUCAAAAGAUUUAUACCCGCCAGGAAUCGCAGGAUUUGGUACUGGGAGGUGAUUUGCCAAUUAGUUCCAUCCAAGCCACCAUUGCAAAACUCAGUAUCAAGACAUCUGCUGGGACUAUCGGAGACAGCAAAACAAACUUGCUGCCUUCACUUGACCCGAGUUUUAGUAUGUGGUCCAAUUCUCAGGCUGAAGGCUUGCCAGUAUCUGCCGAUAAUCUGCUCCAGCAGGACUUGAUAGUUGAGGUUGCUAGUUCAGUGGCAGAAUCUGCUGCACCAACACAGACAUCACCAUCGACUCUACCUCUGGCCACAGAAACUAACCGAGUAAGCUCAGACAAUUGUGAUUCAACCCAAGCACUGGAUAAAAUGAAAACAGGUCCAGGAAAUCACACGGUUAUUACUCAGCCAUGUGCUACCAACCAUAUUGCAGAAGCAGAGAGCAAGGCCACCUCCUUGGAUCUUUUGGCCUCCUUGACUGCAGAGGCCUUCACUCUGGACACCAACCCCCGGAACAGGCAGAAAAUCAGCAAACACAACUUCUUGCAACCCCAGGAUGGCCAAGGCCUUCAGGCCACUCAAACAGGCGAGGAUCCCCUGAGCCUUCUGGAUCCACUCUGGACUCUAAACAAAACAUGA